AAAGGCAUAAAACAAAGCAUCAAUCAAAGUUACCGUUGGUGAUUCCCAUAGUAAUCUAUCACGGUACUAGACCAUUUAACGUGCCUAGAAGUUUAUGGGACUUGUUUGUAGAACCUGAUCUUGCCAAAGAGUUUAUGGGAGGUGAUUAUCAGCUGGUAGACUUAUAUUCCAUGCCAGAUGAAGCAAUUAAAAAGAAGCAGCAUUUAGGAAUGCUUGAAUAUUUUAUGAAGUAUGUUUAUGCAAGAGAUAUUUUAAAUCUAUGGGAAGAGUUUUUAGAAAACUUUAAAUCUUGUCUUUUCCUGGAUAAGGAAAAAGGCUAUAUUUAUGUAAGGAAUUUUUUAUGGUAUACAGACAGCAAAAUACCAGAAGAUAAGUAUCCAGAUCUAGAAAAGAUUAUAAAGGAACAUUUUCCUAAAGAAGACAAAGAAGAUCUUAUGAGAACUGUAGCACAAAAAUAUAGGGAAGAGGGAAAGCUAGAGGGAAAGCUAGAGGGAAAGCUAGAGGGAAAGCUAGAGGGAAAGAUGGAGAUUGCUAAAUCCAUGCUUUCAAAGGGCUAUUCUAUAGAAGAUAUUGUUCUUAUUACUGGUUUAUAUCCUUCUGAUAUUCAAGAUCUUAAGUAA